AUGGGGCGAAGUGGGAAGGGCGCUGGAGGACACCGAGGAGGACGUGGAGGGAAAGGGGGAAGCGGGAGGCCGCAAAAUCGGAAUGUCCUGGUAUCCAAGGCGCUGUCACGUCUUUUACGGCAUCAGGCGGAUAACGCGGGGAUCAAGCUGGACGCCGGGGGUUGGGCUCCUCUAGACAAGGUGCUAGCUCACGGACCUAUCCGCUCCCUGAAAGUCACGGUGGAAGACAUCGUCAACGUCAUCACCACGUCCGACAAGACGCGUUUUGCCAUGAAGACCGCCAACCCCUCUGCAUCGUCGCCUUCCUCUUCACCGGCGCCACCGAGCGAGGACUCUACGGCGACGUCGAUGCGGAUGCCCGACCCUUCCGCCGAUCCUGCGGACUGGCUCAUCCGCGCCAACCAAGGCCACAGCAUCAAGACUGUCGACUCGGCGGCACUCCUCCGCCCCAUCACGCUCGAGGAAGGGAACAUCCCGCCCAGCGUCUUCCACGGGACCUACCUCGCCGUGUGGCCCGCCAUCGAGGCCUCGGGCGGCCUGAAGCGCAUGGGCCGCAACCACGUCCACUUCGCCACCGCGCUGCCCGAGGACGCGGCGCGGGAGGUCAGCGGCAUGCGGAGGGACAGCGAGCUCCUGGUCUACGUUGACAUCGAGGCGUCGCUCAGGGAAGGGGGGAUUAGUUGGUGGAUUAGUGAGAACGGGGUUGUCUUGACCGAGGGUGAUGCGGAAGGGUUCGUCCCCUGUCGGUUUUUUAAGGAGGUGGUGCCUAGGGUGGCUGGUGUGCCUGUGUUGUGGCAGGACGGGGUUAAAGUUGGGGAGAUCCCUGCCGGUGUGAAAGGCAGGGUGCCGCCGGGGUCUAGGGGAGGUGGACGGGGAGGAGGAGGUGGGAGAGGGAAAGGUCGGGGAAGGGGAAGGGCAUGA